AUGGCCGUCACAACCAAAGCCACUAUCUCCUCCUUUGGAGGGAAGCUACUGAAGCUCUCCCACAAUGCUACAUCUACGAAGUGUGAGAUGGCGUUCAACUUAUACCUCCCGCCACAAUCGGUUUCAGACUCCGGAUACAAGGCCCCCGUUCUAUUCUUCCUAUCGGGCUUGACUUGCACUCCGGACAACUGCUCAGAAAAAGGAUUCCUUCAACACGCAGCCAGUCUAAAAGGGAUUGCUAUUGUAUAUCCAGAUACCAGCCCACGUGGUCUAAAUAUUGCCGGUGAAGAUGAUGCAUACGACUUUGGGACCGGGGCUGGAUUCUACGUCGAUGCUACCAAAGCUCCGUAUGAUCAUGGAUAUAACAUGUAUACCUAUGUUACGGAGGAGCUUCCCAAAGUUAUCUUCUCCGAGUUUCCGCAGUUGGACUCCAAUCGAGUUAGCAUUACCGGCCACAGUAUGGGCGGGCAUGGUGCCUUGACCCUUUUCUUGAAAAAUCCUGGGAAGUAUAAAUCGGUCUCAGCUUUUGCACCAAUCGCAAAUCCCGUCAACUGUCCUUGGGGCCAAAAAGCCUUUGAGGGCUACUUUGGCAAUGACAAGGACAAGUGGAAUGAGCACGAUGCCACGGAGCUAGUCAAAAAGUGGAAGGGCCCUCUUCGGAUGUUGAUUGACGUGGUAUGUCGUCCGUCUGUCACCAUUAACAUCACCUUAUGUCGCAUCUUGGAUGAGUUCAACACAACACAUGAUAAUAUAGGAACAGCACUAAUCUCUUACGACCUUAGGGUACUGGCGACAAUUUUUAUAAACAAAAGCAACUAUUGCCAGAGAAUUUUCUUGCAGCUGCAAAGGAAGCUGGCGUGGAUUCUGAGAUAUAUAUGCGAUUCCAACCUGAUUAUGAUCAUAGUUACUUCACCAUAG